AUGAACAUCAGCGCACUGCUCAACUCGUACUACGAUUUGUCCGGCGAGCAGAUGAACCACAUCAACGAGUUCGUGGCCCGCGCGGUGCUCCACGUGGUGCACCACUACAUCCUCAGUGUGACCCCAUCGCUGGUGUUGACCCUCUGCUGCCGGAGCAAUCACACGUGCAAUUUCUACAAUGAGAUGAUGAGCACAUUGUUCCGUGAAUGGGGAUUGGCCCCACUGCAGAUCGUCAAUGUGCUGCGUGGUGUGCCGUGGCAUCCGGUGCCGGGUCGUCGGCACUACAAUGUCAUCUUCACCGACUCCUUUGCCGCCUUCGAGGAGAUCCGGAUGGAGUACUAUGCCAGAGAGUACAACUACAAUGAGCACUAUUUCAUCUUUCUGCAGGCCAGGGAUCGUCUGCUGCAGGGCGAGAUGCGACUGAUCUUCGACUACUGCUGGCGCUAUCGCCUCAUCCACUGCAGCAUCCAGGUGCAGAAGUCCAACGGUGACAUCCUCUUCUAUAGCUACUAUCCUUUUGGGGAGCAUGGUUGUGCGGAUAUGGAACCACAGCUGAUCAAUCGCUAUAAUGGCAGCAUGCUCGUCGAACCGGAUUUAUUCCCACGCAAGUUGAGAAACUUCUUUGGUUGCCCACUAAGAUGCGCCCUCUGGGAUGUCCCACCAUUUCUCACCUUGGCCGAGGACCAGGAACAGCUGCUGCUGGUCAGCGGUGGCUACGAGGGUCGUUUACUCCUGGCGCUGGCCGAGAAAAUGAACUUCACCAUUGCCGUGCGCCAGGUGCAUGCCAAUAUGAGGGACGAGGCUCUGGAAAUGCUGCAACACGACGAGGCGGACUUGACGCUGGGCGGGAUCCGGCAGACGGUGGGCAGGGGCAUGGUGGCCACCUCGACGAACAACUAUCACCAGACCCGCGAGGUUUUCGGCGUCCUCGCCUCCAGCUAUGAACUGAGUUCCUUCGACAUCCUCUUCUAUCCCUACCGCCUGCAGAUCUGGAUGGGCAUCCUUGGAGUGGUGGCCCUAUCCGCACUCGUCCAAUUGCUCGUUGGCCGGAUGCUGCGGGAGCGACUGAGAUCGCGGUUCUGGCUGAAUCUGGAGCUAGUCUUCGUGGGCAUGCCGCUGUUGGAGUGUCCCAGAUCGCACACCGCUCGUCUGUAUUGUGUGAUGCUGAUGAUGUACACCCUGAUCAUACGGACCAUCUAUCAGGGAUUACUGUACCAUCUGAUACGCACCCAUCAGCUGAAUCGCUGGCCACAGACCAUCGAGUCGCUGGUGCAAAGGAACUUCACGGUGGUGCUGACGUCCAUUGUGCAGGAAGUGCUGGACGAGAUUCCCAGUGUGCAGCACAUGCGAUUCCGCCUGCUGGAAGCGGCCAAUUCCGAGCUGGAGCCGCUGUACUUCCUGGAGGCGAAUCACCAACUGCGACAGCAUGCCACCGCCACCGCCCUGGACAUAUUCAUCCACUUCAAUCGCCUGAGCGCGGACAAGAUGCAUCAGGGGGGCGGGCAGGGAACGGGCGCCCACUUCGAGAUUGUUCCCGAGGACAUCAUCAGCAUGCAGCUGACCAUGUAUCUGGCCAAGCACUCGUUCCUCAUCGACCAGCUGAACGAGGAGAUCAUGUGGAUGCGUUCGGUGGGUCUGCUCUCCAUUUGGGCCAGGUGGGAGCUCUCCGAGAGCUAUUUGCGCAACGAGCAGAGCUACAAGAUCCUCGGCACCAUGGAGCUAUAUGCCAUCUUUCUAAUGGUCAUGGUUGGCCUCAUCGUUGGCCUGCUCGUCUUUGUCCUGGAACUUGUGUCCAUGCGAUCGGUCUACUUAAGGAAACUUUUUACAUAG